AUGAAAUCAAACAAAGUUUGUGCAGCAUGCAAGUAUCAAAGGAGAAAGUGUCCCAAAGAUUGUCCUUUAGCUCCUUACUUUCCAACUGAUAAACCAAAAAGGUUUGACAAUGUUCACAAUUUGUUUGGUGUUUCCAACAUAGUGAAGUUACUAAAGAAUAUUAAAGACAACGAUGUAAGAGCCGAUGCAAUGGAUUCAAUUAUUUUUGAGUCGGAUAUUCGUGCAGAAUUCCCCGUUCAUGGAUGUGUUGGUGUUAUUCAUCAAUAUUUAGGUUUGAUACGCGAGUCUACGGAAGAGUUAAAUCGCACACAAAGUUUACUAGCUAUUUGUAAGAUGAACAACCAUUCACAACAACAAAAUCUCCACUCCUCCCUACCUUCCACUGCUCCUCAAGAAACAAAUAUUCCAUCGUUUGCGUUGGAUGACCUUGAUAACGAAGAAUUGAAUGACCUUGAUGGUGGUGUUGAUGCCGGUUGGGAUCUUGAACCAGAUGACUUUUUUAAGGACAUAGAAGAAUAUAAGGAAAGGAUGUGUAUGAAUAAUUAG